AUGGCUAGUUUUCAAGUUCCAAGAUCAAAAUUGUUCCAUUUCAUAGAUAUUAAUGAAUGCGCCGUCAACAAUGGUGGUUGUUCCGGUCGGUGCACCAAUGCCAACGGCUCCCAUACCUGUACUGGUGGCUGCAAGAAAGGGUAUACUCCUAGAGGGAAUAGAUGUACAGAUAUAAAUGAAUGCAGCAAUAAAAAAGGCGGCUGUUCAGAUACGUGUAUUAACCUGCCAGGAUCAUACAAUUGUAGCUGUGGCAAGGGAUAUACGUUAGGCACCGAUGCCAAAACAUGCAAAGACGUAGAUGAAUGCAAGACUAACAACGGCGGCUGCUCACAAAUCUGUAAGAACCGUCCAGGGUCAUUUAAGUGCAGUUGCCGGACUGGCUACUCCCUAGCAUCAGACAAAAAACGGUGUAAUGACAAUGACGAAUGUAGCAAUAAAAAUGGUGGGUGCCAGCACACGUGUCAUAACACCCCUGGGUCCUUCACCUGUGCCUGUAAAAGAGGGUUUGUCCUCUCCUCUGAUGGCAAGACAUGCUCAGACAUAGACGAAUGCAGGUUCCAAAAAGGCAACUGCUCUCAGACAUGUUCCAACACGGUUGGUUCCUUCAGGUGUGGGUGUAGAACUGGGUACGCUCUUGCUGCUGAUAAACGAACAUGCACGGACGUGAAUGAAUGCAGAAACAAAAAUGGCGGCUGCUCCCAUAACUGCAGUAACACCAUGGGCUCCUUUAAAUGUAGCUGCCGAGAAGGGUACUCUCUAUCUGGCGAUAAGAGAAGCUGCAAAGAUGUCAAUGAAUGCAACAAUAGCAAUGGCGGCUGUUCACAUCAAUGUAACAACUUCCCGGGAUCAUAUAACUGUAGUUGUCCUGAUGGAUACAAUUUACUAAAUAACAACAAAAAGACAUGUGAAGAUGUUGACGAGUGCAGCAGUGGUAAUGGUGGCUGUUCUUACAAAUGUAAAAACUAUCCGGGUUCAUAUAACUGUAGCUGUCCUGAUGGAUAUGAGUUAAACAUAGAUAAGAAGACGUGUAAGGAUAUCGACGAAUGCCGUUCCAACAACGGUGGAUGUUCGCACACGUGUCAGAACCAAGCCGGAACAUAUGCUUGCAGUUGCCCAGCCGGAUAUAACUUACUGAAAGAUUUGAAAAACUGUCAAGACAUUGACGAAUGCAGUGUUGAAAAUGGCGGAUGUUCACACACGUGCCACAACUACCAAGGAUCAUAUAACUGUAGUUGUCCCGAUGGAUACAACUUACUAAAAGAUAGGAAAAACUGUCAAGACAUAGACGAAUGCAGGUUCCAAAAAGGCAACUGCUCCCAGACAUGUUCCAACACGGCUGGUUCCUUCAGGUGUGGGUGUAGAACUGGGUACGCUCUUGCUGCUGAUAAACGAACAUGCACAGACGUGAAUGAAUGCAGAAACAAAAAUGGCGGCUGCUCCCAUAACUGCAGUAACACCAUGGGCUCCUUUAAAUGUAGCUGCCGAGAAGGGUACUCUCUAUCUGGCGAUAAGAGAAGCUGCAAAGAUGUCAAUGAAUGCAACAAUAGCAAUGGCGGCUGUUCACAUCAAUGUAACAACUUCCCGGGAUCAUAUAACUGUAGUUGUCCUGAUGGAUACAAUUUACUAAAUAACAACAAAAAGACAUGUGAAAAUGUUGACGAGUGCAGCAGUGGUAAUGGUGGCUGUUCUUACAAAUGUAAAAACUAUCCGGGUUCAUAUAACUGUAGCUGUCCUGAUGGAUAUGAGUUAAACAUAGAUAAGAAGACGUGUAAGGAUAUCAACGAAUGCCGUUCCAACAACGGGGGAUGUUCGCACACGUGUCAGAACCAAGCCGGAACAUAUGCUUGCAGUUGCCCAGCCGGAUAUAACUUACUGAAAGAUUUGAAAAACUGUCAAGACAUCGACGAAUGCAGUGUUGAAAAUGGCGGAUGUUCACACACGUGCCACAACUACCAAGGAUCAUAUAACUGUAGUUGUCACGAUGGAUACAAAUUACUGAAAGAUGGGAAAAACUGUGAAGAUAUCGACGAAUGCAGUUUUAAAAAUGGCGGAUGUUCACACACGUGCCACAACUACCAAGGAUCAUAUAACUGUAGUUGUCCUGAUGGAUACAACUUACUAAAAGACGAGAAAAACUGUCAAGAUAUCAACGAAUGCAGUGUUAAAAAUGGCGGAUGUUCACACACGUGUCAUAACUACCAAGGAUCAUAUAACUGUAGUUGUCCCGAUGGAUACAACUUACUAAAAGAUAGGAAAAACUGUCAAGAUAUCGACGAAUGCAGUGUUGAAAAUGGUGGGUGUUCCCACACGUGCCACAACUACCAAGGAUCAUAUAACUGUGGUUGCCCCGAUGGAUACAACUUACUUAAAGAUGGGAAAAACUGUCAAGAUGUAAAUGAAUGCAACAAGAACAAUGGUGGAUGUUCCCACACGUGUCACAACUACCAAGGAUCAUACAACUGUAGCUGUCCCGACGGAUACACAAUGAGAAAGGACGAAAAGAGUUGUGAAGCUGUACCAACCACAGAAGCACAAAAAACGACCAGCACGGAAACUAUUACCUCAGAGCAUGUCCCCAUUGUUACCCCGGAGGCGACGACUCAAACCAAGAAAACACUGGCACCGGAAACCAAACCAUCCCCCAAAAGCAAUCCAGCUGUGCCUAUUAGUACCACAGAGUAUUUUAUCUCAGAAACGUCCACAGGAGAAAAGACGUCAACGACAUUGAGUGUGCCCUCUCAGACCAACGACAUUCUCGUGACAAAGACGACCUCAGUGAAAAUCACAUCAGCAGCUUCGCCCGUUUACACAUAUACUAGCGAGGCUUUAACUGCAAAAACAACCGCCGUGAAAAGCCAGUCAGUGACUUCGAGGAUGCCUGCAAAGACCAAUGAGGCUUUAAGCACAAAAUCGUCAACCUUAAGUGGCAAGACUACUGUCUCGUCGCAAUACACACAGUCAGUUUUGGCUGUUUCUACGGAAACCGUGGUGGGUUUAACUACACCAUCAGUCGAACGAACAACUUUGCCAAGUGGGCCAGUUACGAAGCUCAAUCCAGUUACGAAACUGAAUGUAGAGACGACAUUGACUCCAGCUCAUAUUACGUCUUCCGCGAAGCAAUUAACCACUGCGGGCGGAUUUCAAUCUACAAAAGCAAUUGAAAGAUUAUCUACAGACAGGACAAAAUACACGACAACCAGUACCAGAAGAGAAACAACCGCUGUCCCCAAAGUGCAAACAUCGAAAGAGUCCACAGAACAGACGACUGAAUUUAUUGAAGUUACGACAACUAGUUUAGGUGCUAAAAAUACGAAAUCUGUAGACAAGACAGACGCACCCAAAGACAGUACCAAAGCUGCAAUGAAUACUAACCCUGUGACAAAACCAUCUGAUCUCCCCUCCAUUUCUGAUAAACGUCAGGCAGAAAGGCAAGCGCAGCAGCAAGAAACAUAUACGUAUGCUGGCGUAGGAGUCGGGGCAGGGGUUAUAAUCAUCGUUAUAACCGCCAUCUCUGCUUUUAUGAUUAAAAGGAGACGUGUAGGAAAAGGUCCCGACCGGCUGUAUUUUGAUGACCUGGACGACAACAUUUCUCAACCAGAGGAGAACUCGGACAAAGCUUUCGAAAACCCCACCUACUGUGAUGUCUUAAAUUUAUCGCAAGAUGGGAUGAUAGACAUCGAUCUGGAUGCUUGAAAGCAUAUAUCCAGAAAAAAGCGGUAAUUUUUUUGGACCAUUGGAUGCUUAUUGUGCCAUUUGGAAUCAAUAUAUUUUAUUCAGUUGAAAUUUUAGAUGGUUUCUGAUACUUAACUACUGUACAAAAUAAGAAGCAGCAUAUACUGCGAGGAUAUGCAUAUAUCGUAUAUGUGGUGGAAACGAUGUAGAACUAAAAAGUAGCUGGCUCGUGGAAGAAUGAUGUAAAGUGCAGCAUGCUGCAACUGGCUCUUGUCUACAGCACGUCCCCGUUAA